CAAAUAACGCAGAGAAGACGUUGGCAGAGUUACGGACGGCGACGGGAAGCGAGGAGGAAGGAAGCAUGCGAGCGCGAGAGAUGCGGCGGUUGGAACGAAUCUUUCCGGGCAUUGGCCAACUGAUUGACUCCGAGAAGCCCGACACUUCCGAGCAGGUCGUCAUCUCUUCGCUCGCCCUCAUCAAGAUGCUCAAGCACGGUAUUGCUAAUCGUCAUUCCAACUUAUACGUUGCUUUUCUCUGGAGAUUUUGAGCGGGGGGAUGAGAUUAGGGUUUUCUUGGAUGACGCUGUGAAACAGCAAGAUCCGAAAUACCUAUGGAGGUGAUGGGGCUGAUGUUGGGGGAGUUCGUGGAUGAGUACACAAUCCGGGUGGUCGAUGUCUUCGCAAUGCCGCAGAGCGGGACCGGCGUUAGCGUGGAGGCCGUCGACCCCGUAUUUCAGGUCGCCAUGCUCGAUAUGUUGAAGCGGACCGGAAGGCAUGAAAUGGUGGUUGGAUGGUAUCAUUCUCAUCCUGGAUUUGGUUGCUAUCUUUCUGGUGUUGACAUACAAACGCAGCAGAGUUUUGAAGCCCUUAAUCCUAGGGCAAUUGCUGUGGUUGUAGAUCCAGUCCAGAGUGUCAAGGGUAAGGUUGUUAUUGAUGCUUUUCGUUUGAUCAACCCUCAAGCAAUAACGUUUGGUCGGGAACCUCGCCAAACGACAUCAAAUGUUGGGCAUCUCAACAGACCCUCAAAUGAGGCACUGAUGAAUGGUUUAAACAAGCAAUAUUAUUCCUUAGUUAUAAACUAUCGGAAGAAUGAACUCGAGGAGAAAAUGUUGCUGAACUUCCAUAAAAAGAAAUGGACUGAUGGGCUGAUACUUCGGCCAUUUGAUAUACAUUCUGAAACUAAUGAACAAACUGUUCAGGAAAUGCUGGAUUUAACCAUUAAAUAUAACAAAGAAGUUCGAGAGGAGGACGAGCUGCCACUUGAAAAGCUGUUUUUUGCCAGUAUUGGAAGGAUGGAUGCAAAAAAGAAAUUGGAAGAGCAUGUCUCAAACUCGAUGGCAUCAAACACAGUCCAGAUUUUGGGGACUAUGUUGAACACUGUUGUGUUUGACUCGUGA